GGAAGGGCAGGGGAAAGCUUUGAGACCACACCUUCAGCAUCAACUGCUCCAAAGAGUCCUACUCAACCAAGUUCUGUGAAGAAUCAUGAAGCCAGGAAGCUUUCUGCUGCUCACUCUGCUGCUCUUCUUCUUGUACUCUGAUAUUGCUGCACAAGGACUCAAUUUACGGCGCUAUUGUCGUGGGUACCCAAGAAGACUCUGCCCCCGGGAUUAUCGACCCAUUUGUAGCUCUUAUGGCGUGACUUAUACCAACAAGUGUCAUUUCUGCAAUGCUUAUGUUCGCAGUGGAAGAAGAAUUGGGCUGAGACGCUUCGGAAAAUGUUGACAUCUUAAAAUGUAGAAGACUAAGGAAAAUUUAUUAAGGAUAUCUCACCAUCUUCAUGCCCUGCUCAUUAACAUCCCCACAAAAAUUCUGUUCUUCCCUCUGAUUCUGCUUGGCUGCUGUAUUAAAUGUCUUUUGCAGAUUUAUCA